AUGGCUGAUUUUGUUGACACCAAUUGCCUCAAGUACAAGGUCUUGUGCUUACUUAGGUCGAAGAAUUGUGGUGAUGGGUGUUCACAGCUGUCAAUGUUUUCUUCAGAAACAGGGGAAUGGUUGGAGAUAUCAGAUAAGCUUCCAGCUGCAAGCUACAACUUUGGGAAUGGCUCUAAGGUGUUUUUCAAUGGAAGCCUUUACUGGGAUUGCAUUGAAGGCCACAUUCUUGUUUGCCAUCUUAAUCCGAAAUACAAUGGACCAUCCCAUCAGUUGAUCGAGGCUCCCCGGUCUGUAUUUUGCAGGAGUCUGUGGAAAUCUGAGGACAAGCUUCACUGCUAUUGCCAUGGAGUUUCAGAAGAAUGCCCUGAAUGGAAGCGCGAGGAUCGUGAUCGACUCGUGAAUCUGAGUGACGAUAUGAUGUCACUCAAUGAUUUUGGUUCGAGCCUUGCAAAGAAAAGACCACCGGCAGAGUUCAAGAUGAUAUCAUAUGUUCCUGAAACUGAGAAAUUCUUUAUACACAUAUCUGAGAAAGUUUAUUCAUAUCAAUGGGUUGAGAGGUGUCUAGAACGCGUAGGUUUGAAUCAAUCCCAAUACGUGUUGCCUUACACGCAUAGCUUGGUUUCCAUCCAUACUCCUAGAACAGGAGUUGAUGAUGGAGCUGCAGAAAAAGGCAGCAUUGAGAUGAAGAAGGUUAAGGGUAGACGCAGCAAGCGGACACCUCGGUGUCAAGAUUUUAGCACAGAGGGAGAGGAUUAG